CAUCCCGCUGGGGCCUCAGGCUCCUCUCGACUCCUCAGCACCAGCCCCAAACCCUUGCAGCGCACCAUGGCCCGGCUGCUGGCGCUGCUGGGCCCAGCGGUCAGGGUGAGCGCCCGGGUCAGGCCUUGCGCCACCUGGCUCCUGUGCGCCGCCACCCCCUGCGCCCCGCCGCCCCUGACCCUGCUUCGGCCCGGGCCAGACUACCGGCUGCUGCGCACGGCCGGCGGGGACUGCCGCGGCCGCCAGGACACCAGCAGAGUCCCCGAGACAAUGGGCAACAACGUCAGCAGCACCGAGCAGAAAAAGCAAAGCAAGUCUCAGCAGCUGAAGAAGAUCUUCCAAGAAUAUGGUGCUGUUGGUGUGUCAGUGCACAUUGGGAUCUCAUUAAUCUCCUUGGGCAUAUUUUACAUGGUUGUAUCAAGUGGUGUGGACAUGACUGCAGUCCUGCUUCAACUUGGAUUUAAAGAGUCGCUGGUACAAUCCAACAUGGCAGCAGGCACAAGCACCUUUGUGGUGGCCUAUGCAAUCCACAAGCUGUUUGCACCCGUGCGGAUCAGCAUUACCUUAGUCUCUGUGCCCUUGAUUGUCAGGUAUUUUCGAAAAGUAGGGUUUUUUAAACCUCCAGCUGUAAAACCUUGAUGAACUCUUCAGUCCUAGGCCCUGAUACCUGUUUCUUUUAAAUUAUACAAUUCGGAUUGAUGUUAGAGUUGUAUUUCUUUUGGAGGGUGAAAGGAACCAGAGAGCUAACUGCUGUGUUUUCAUAGAUCAAUUUUACCUUUGCCAGCAAAAAUCAGGCUUUUGAAUAAUUACAAGUUUUUCUGCUUCAUAAAUUCUGUUAAUGACAUUCAUCAUAGAGCUUGUAUACAUCAUCUAAAAUGUCAGCCAGGCAUUGCAAAUGAGUGAACAUCUCAGAACAGGCAGACUUCAGUAUCUUCCAGAAGGAAGAUCUUUGGCAAGGAUCUGACUGCGAAAGCUCUACGGGGUUAAUCUGUGCUCAAGUUCUUAAAAUGAUUAAUUUAGGGAGUCUUUAAAAUUCCCCCUUCCUCUGAUGCUUGUCAGCUGCUUGCAGCUUUGUAUGCAAUAUUCUACAGAACAAGUGCCAGUGCUACAGUUAACGAAGCAAGGCUUAGUAUGUAAUCAGGACCUUAAUGAGCAUCAGUGUUUUGACAUUCAUUACCCUAUUUUCAGAGACAGAAAAACAUGUCUGGUAUGUUUCAUUGAUCCCCAAACACCCCAGUCUGGACAUGAUGGGGCCUACCUAUCUCAGGUAGUUUUUCUGAAAUGUAAUUAAAGUAGGUCAGGGCUAUUUGCCGCUAGGUAAAAAUGGGGAAAGUUUGUCCAAGAGCAGUGGCUUCACUUGGCUCCUCAAGCCCAUAUUUAGAAGACUCUAUCACACAUAUAAAGCUAAGGCCACCUUAGCUUCUCUGACAAUCUUUGCUUAACUCUUUCUCAAACUUCAGACACUCCAGAACUGUUUACAUCAUCUCCAGUUACAUUUUAACUGAGCUAAAAUUAUGUACAUAAAAAGGAAAAUUAGCAGCACUUGUUACAAACAGUGAAGGCAAUGGUGAAAUGCCAGCCAGGGAGGGAAGGGGAUGCAGGGCUGAUUAGUCUGCAGAGCCAGUUCUCCCCAGUGAACAUGUCUGGGAGGCCAGCUGAGACGAGAACAGACCCAAAGGGAGACUUCACCGUGAGGCAGGAAGCAGCAGGCAGUUGGAGAAGGCAUCCCAUCUGUGGGGCCCAGCAUUGUGGAAGGCUUCCCCUGGGGCCCUGCUCUGAUGCAAGCCUUCCUCCGCACUCUGAGAAUCCAAGCUGACCACUCUGCCCAACUGCGUGGUAGAGGGAGUUCCUUUAAGUUACAUUUGUUGACAGAAAACUAAAGUGACUAUUAACUGACCAUACUGGUUUUCCUGGGCUCUGACAGGUCUCUGACAGGUCUCUGGUUACCCCAUUGUAAUCCUCAUUGGUCAUCUAACUUUUCCCAGCGGAAAGAGUGCAAUUUAUUUAAAGCAUAGAUAAGCAUACCCUUUUCCACAGAAAUUGGAAAGGGUCUCCUUUGUAAAAGGAGACAGAACCAUUUUUUUCUCUUAAAACAGCCCAUUGCCAAAAGAUUUUACAGGUUUAAAGGCAGAACUGUCUUUCUAGGACCUAAUCCCAAGUACUUCAUACUGAGAUGCCCCACGUCAGUAACUCCUAUGUGCACUGGACAGAGCAUUUGUAUCUCUUGUUGAAAGCCAUUUGUUGGCUUUAGCUCCUCAACCACUUUCUGUGCCAGUCUCCCAUUCAGACCCCCAACAACGCCUAUGGAAACUUGCUGCUGCCCACAGGUUUAAGGCCUUAAAGCUUUGUGCUAACAAUAAUGGAAGUGGCCAAAAGGGCAAGCAAUAAAACCAACCACACCGAGUAGCCAUACUGCUAAGCCCCAACCCCACUCCACUUCUGUGGCCAGUGGUCAGAUAAGAAUACCGGAGAGGAUGAGGAGGGCAAAGCAUCAGGGAACUAAAGCAUUAUGUGAAUUCACCAGCAAAAUGUAAAGAUUGCCUGUGUUACCUUGUUUUUAUGUAACCAGGGAAAUAAAACUGAUCUAUUUAAAA